UUCCUGUCCGGUGUGAAAAGUUAUAUUAAAUGACGAAGUUUAAUGUUUUCCCAUGACGGUUCUUCUGCCGCUUUGGCGGCUUAUCCUUUACUACAGUUCAAAGUAAGCUUUAAUUCAUGGCUUCUUGUAACCAUUUAACUCAAUUCACAAAGGAAUGCUUGCCAACUUACCGUAAAGUUUGUGGGUGGUUUAUCGUUGGCUCGUCAAGAGAAACCCGGCGUGCAAAGGCGACACGAAAGUGUGACGAUUGUGACGCAUUGUCAAAUCGUCUUCACUCCUGCCUAUAUUGUGUUUAUUUUGGUUGUUACUCUGGCCUCAAGCAUAUCCAUGCUGCUCACGCAAAGAAGAAAGACCAUAAGCUAGCUGUUGACCUGACCUAUGGUGUGGUGUAUUGCUUUCUCUGUGGCGAUUAUGUCCAUAAUGAAGUUCUGGAGAAGAUUCUUCCUGAAGAAAGAGCCAAGGCGUGGAGGUCCUAUGGAAACAAGACUGCUCUCUAUGAGCAGUGGUUGCCUGGUGGAAGAGAUGUUGAACUUUUAAAACGAAAUGUGAAAUAUCAGAGGGUCUGUGGUAACUCAAUCAUAGGCUUGCGUGGUCUGAUCAAUCUUGGCAAUACUUGCUUCAUAAAUUGUAUUGUCCAAGCCUUCACUCACACACCAUUAUUCAGAGACUAUUUCUUGGCUGACCAACACAAGUGUAAGAAACAGGAUGGAACAUGUAUUGUAUGUGCCAUGGUCUCCUUAUUUCAAGAGUUUUAUUCUGGUGAAAGAACACCUCAUAUUCCUUACAAAUUGCUUCAUCUUGUGUGGACAAAUGCUUGACAUUUAGCAGGAUAUGAACAACGGGAUGCCCAUGAGUUCUUUAUUGCUGCCUUGGAUGUCCUUCAUCAGUAUUGUAAAGGUAGAUCGAUUGCUGGCAGUUUGAGUCAGACAGUUCAAGAUUCAAAGAUCUUGGUUUUGAAAUACUUAAGUGCUUCAAAUGGGGUAAAGGAUUUUAUGAUCUUAACAGAUAGGGUAAUGAAAGCUGCAGAAUGUGAAGAGGAAAGUGAUGAUGAAAGUAACAGGACUACAGAAGAAGUGGUUCAGAAUGUUACAGACAGAUAAGAUAGUUACAAUAUUGACCUCCUUUGACAGCCUUUUCAUUGGUUGUUGACUAGUUAUGUAUGGUUUCGGUUAGCCUGGUCUGGUUGACGAAGUUUCUUAUGUUUCCAGGUUUUCCCUUCAUUCAAAAUAAUUUUUCUUUCGUACGUUUUUUUAGUUAUUCAAAGCUGUUUGUUUAUGGCGAUUAUUUCUCACUUGGCAUGAGUUGCUUGAACUAGGAACAUAUAUAUCUGCGAUCGUAUUUGUCACGAACAAAAGUAAACGAACACAGUCAUCAAGCUGUUUCUAUCUUCACAACAGCAUUGGUGCGGCGUCCUUGUGUCUUGCAUGGUUCACGCUUGUCUUGUCAAUGAGAAAAUUUCCAAAACUUGGUAUUUACGUCGUCAUGUUCACUGAGAUGUUCCGGACGUUUGCCCAGUUCUUCGUUGUGUUACUUCUCUUUAUAAUUGCAUUUGGUUUGGGAUUCCAUGUUCUCUUGUACAACCAGGUUCCAUUUUCAACGCCAGGUCGUUCAAUGUUGAAAACUAUAAUGGAAAUGUUAGGAGAAUACGAAUAUGACACUGUAUACAAUGAAGGAUAUGUUCCUCCUGUCACCUGGGCUGUCUAUGUUGGUUUUCUGGUUAUCAAUUGUGUCAUCAUUGUCAAUUUACUUAUUGGAUUAGCUGUUGAUGAUAUUAAAGGCGUUCAAGACAAAGCUGCUCUUAAACGUUUAGCAAUGCAGCUUGAUUUGGCGUUGGAUGUGGAGAAAGUUCUUCCGUUGUUUCUUCGCCGAAAACUUGUCACGAUGAAGGAAACAGUUUAUCCAAAUAGAGAAAGAUAUCGGAGUAUCUGGUCUUUCUGGCACCAGACUCUCACAACUCCAGCACAAGUUAUUAAUGAUGCUUUAUAUCCUGCAACGUCACCAAUUGAGAGAAUUCAUAAACAACAAGAGCUUCUACAAUAUGAUGUGACCAAGAUGAAGACGAGGUUGAAAACGUUGCAGACUCGUACUGUUCGUCUGGAGGCCAUGUUGAAGGCGAUCCUAGGACAUCAUGGCAUUGAUAUCAAACCUGAAAUUGACGAAGACGAUGCAGAACUUAAGUGGGAUACUUCAGAUGAUGAAGAUAGAUAUAUUCCAGGGUAGAAUCUGGUGUACGAAAUAGAUUAAUAAAUUCUAU